AUGUCUCCAGAAUCCUUCAUUUUACAACAGAUAAACCAGAAAAGAAGACAACCAGGAAGUGUUUCACUUCAGCUUCAGCAUGAGGAAUCACUGUUUUCCUGCAGGAGAAGUUGAUGGAGCUGCCAGCAACAAACAAACAGAAGUAGGAGCACUAAGUUCAGUCCCAGCAGAUGUGUGAAUCAUCAGUCUUGGAUCUUCACUCUUGUGUUAAAUUAGAAUGGAAAAGGUGAUCAACUGUUUCAAGAAGAGCCCAGACGCCGUGGCCAGGCUGAUAUGCUUCCCCUGGGCAGGUGGAGGGUCCAUCCACUAUGCACGCUGGGGGAACGUCCUCAACAGCUCCAUAGAAGUGUUUGCUGUCAAACUUCCAGGCAGAGAGAGUCGAGCCAAAGAGCCGUUCUUUCAGAACAUGCAGCAGAUUGUGGACGAGGUUAUUGGCGUGUUGUUACCGCUGCUGAAAGAGAAGCCUUUUGCUCUGUUUGGACACAGUUUUGGUGCCUUCACCUGUUUCGCUGUGGCAGAUGCUCUGAAGAGACGGCACAACCUGGAACCAGUUCACAUCUUCCUGUCUGGUGCCUCCGCACCUUAUUCAGAGACGCGUAUCAAAGCCCCGAAGAGAAGCGACUUAUCUGAUGAUGAUUUUCUCAAGUGGAUGAUUUCGAUUGGAGGAACUCCUCCUGAGCUGCUGGCGAAGCCUGAAGUCCUGAAGCUCUUCCUUCCUGCCCUGAAAGCCGACCUGCACGUUGUGGAGAACUACAGGUGUGACAAGCCAGACGGUCCGCUCCUCUCCUGCCCCGUCACGUGUUUUGAUGGAAAGGAGGACAUUCCUCAUGACUUACAAGCUUGGAAAAGCAUCACAUCGGGAGAUUUCACCGUCAGGAUGCUCGACGGAGCUCAUUUUUACCUGAAGGACUCUGGAAAUGAAAGAAUUAUAUUAGACUACAUCACAAAGCAGGUGGAAACAUCAGAAAUGGACUAUUUAUAAUGAAAUCACUGUAUAUUGUGUCUAAUGAUGAUUUUUAUUUUUGUUUUUUUUACUAAUUCAUUGUGAUGGAAAUUAAUUCAGAUGUGUAAGAUUGUGUGACAAAGUUAGAAUUGUCUGGUGGAUAUUAAAGAGUCAUUCAAUACAAUUUUGAUUGUUGACAUGUUAAUAUUAGGGCUUCAACUAACAAUUGUUUUUAUUAUUGAUUAAUCUGAUGCUUAUUUCUUAUCAAUUAAAAGGUUAAUUUCCGAAAUAGAAAAUAGUCAGAAGAUAGUAAAAAAUGUCUAUCACAAGUUCCAAUUGCUGAAGGUCAUAUUUUUUUUUACUUUAAAGGACCAAUAUGUAAUAUAUUUACUGUAAUAAAUCAUAAAAGGAC